AAAUUGGUGAGCAAAUCAACUUGCAUUUUCUCGAUGAAAAUCCUCUAUUUAGAUGUAAGUGUUGGUCACUUAUUUUUAAUUGCUGCGAAUAACAAAAAUAAGGCAACACAAUAUAAUAAAUAUUAAGAACUUUCGUUCUUAGGAACAUUAUCUUUUCUAGAGAUAAUGAUCUUUGGACGAAGGUAAAUAAUACAAGUUAGAUUCUAUCUCUAAAUAGCCUUUCCCCAAAAGCUACGAGGAGGUGUUAAUUUACAAGGGGACAAGAGUAUUUGUGUUUAAUAACUAAAAGUCAAAUAAUAAAGGAUUAAUCUCUUAUUUUAUUUUAUUUAUGCAAAUAUAUAUACGAUCACAUUUUGAGCAAUAUAAUAGAAAACUGUAUUUGUAUCUUCGUUUCUGCAUAAAAGAGAUUGCUCCUUAUGCUCACUCUGGUGACCCCUUUUUCCAGCCCGUGAACAGCAUGGGACACUCUUCAUCUAUUUAUAGACCUAGCACACAACUCAGAUGAAAUUACAAUUGUGCCCCUAAUCUCUAUACAUUCACUCUAAUGCAAACACUAAGGUCUGAGGAUAAAGUUGUCCUUCUACUAUUGAAUUGGCUUGCUGCGAGACCUUCGGAAUUAACUUGAGCCGAAGCUACGAUCAUAAUGAUUGCUGAAACUUUGUCGUAUACCUUGCGUCCCUCGGUUCGAUAUUUUACCUUCGGCAUUUAGACCUGCAGUACGCUUGUUAAAUGAAUUAAAACAGUUAGUUUGUUUCGAGGACAUUCGACAGAAGGAGACCCUAACAGUAGCCCCUUCGAGGUGCUAGAUCGUUUUUUAUAACGUGCUUGAUCCACGAAACGUACGAAGGCUUCUAUGUGCCGAAGGUCCAAAAAACACAUUCUCUGAGCUUGUUAUUAAAAAAACAAAUAAAAGGCAUGGGUUCCGUUGGUCUACCGAUCAGUUGGUGUGAGUGUCACGAUGGUUCGCCUUCUCCACUUACAAGGCUAUAUAAGCAGAUUGGUUGGUUUUAGUAUUUUACAACAUUCAUUGCACUGGUGUAGUUGUGCUGCCAAAUUUUUUUACUGCAGCUGAAGGUGUUUUCGUGCUUCCAAGUUUCCAAUCACGCUUCGUCUCAAAUCAUUUUCCAAUUUUUGGUUUAGCUUCGACUCAACUUGCAAUGGCCAGGAUUAGGUCGACUACUAGGUUAACAAACGAAGGUGGGGAAGUAGAUACAACUGAAACAACUCCUAUUUCAUAAGUAAUGAAAGAUUCUAGCAUCGUCGCCCUAAUGGAAGAAAAGCACAUUCUGAAGAAAAGUAAUACUGAUGCCAAAGGUGAGACCGACAGUGAAGAUGAUGAAGGAGAUGUCAGUGUUCUGUGUCCAAGCAAACCCUGCCAUAUCGAAUUCGACAGAUCUACUCUAAAAUCUGACGAUUUAGACUUAAUGAAUGUUGGAACUCGCUAACUCGUGGUCUGCCUUGCUCAAACAGUGGGAGAACAGGAAAUAGUUUGAUGUCGUUUAAUGCAGAGUAUUAGGGUAAUAGUGUUUUUUCGUCCCCCGCAAUGGUGUUGUACGCGGGUAAUUAUAGGUAACCGAGGGACAACUCUACCCUGUCAAAGACGAUUGUGCCCUCAGUUACCUACGUUAUCCCUGGAAUAUUCUCCCUUGGGGGGUUACAGCGGGUCAUUACAACGUGAUUAAUUACAAGCACACACAGACACACUAACAACUCUGCCCUCAUAGCGGCUUACAAGUGGGACCCUAUAACAUGGACCGUUUAUACGUGGGCCCCUUAUUACAAUAACGAGCGGGUAAAUUCUCGGUGGUCUUCGUUUUGACCCACCGAGACAGUGGGAGCACCCAGGCCUUCGCCCGCUCUGUGUGCUCCCUCCGUAGUGGAGCUCACUCUUCGGUCUUCACGCUCUUUAGUCUUUGCUUGAAUCCCUUCCGACAUGUUUCACUUUUUGCCAUGUAGUCGAUCGAGCGAUAGGGCGUUGCACCUUCGCUCCAACAUUUGCCCUCCGAGGGACCAGUUCGACUAAGUUAGCUGGUGCCGAAGUCUAUCGGGAGAUGGCUGAAACGCUACCCUCGCUCGAAUUGGUCCCGCAGGGGUUUUUGAAAUGUGAUCGUUGAUGAGACGUUUUACUGUGGGACUGUUGAGUUCCCGAGACGCUGCCCCUAGCCUAUAAAAGGUUGUGCAUGGGCUGUAACUUUUUACCCGUCUUCGCGUGCGUUGAAAAAAACCCUAGCUUUCCUCUCUGCUUGCUUGCCCUCUUUUGCUCUCCCUCUACCAGAGAUCUGGCCCGCGUCAAGCAAACUGCUCGCCGCCGCCAACGGUACGUGACCAUGUCGUCUUCUUCCUCGUCGUCGUCUGUUGCGACCACGUCCUCGACUGUGCCAUCGUCAGAGAAGACGAUUAGCGAUCCGGCAGCGGUGGUGGAACUGCAACAUGGGCGCACGGUCGAAUUUGGAACCUCGAGGAUUUACUCGGGCCACGUGCUGGAGAUGCAGCGUCUGGGCUAUUUUGGGAACGGAGUCGGGCGGGCUCCAGGGGCUGAAGAUGUCCCUAAGCCAGAAGGGGAGUUGGUUGUGUUCAAGGCAUUUUUCGCUGCCGGCCUUCGCUUGCCGGCGCAUCGCUUGUUAAUUAAAGUUUUGCAAAAGUUUGAAGUUCAAGUUCAUCAACUGACGACGAAUGAUAUGGUUGCACUAGCGAAGUAUGUAUGGGCAAUAUCCUCAUAUGGUGGAGAACCGUCUACUGAGGUCUUCACCAAAAAUUAUUGCCUGCACUGGCAGAAAAGCAAGAUAGGUGGUUUGAUUGCUCAGUUUGGGUCCUGCAGUUUCACGCCGAGGACCGGAAAGACUUCGGCUAAAGUGGUUGAGAUUGUUACUUGUGCCAAGAAUAAAUGGGGUAACUGGUGGGAUUUUUGGUUUUAUGUGGCGCCCGGGAAUGUCGAAGGGUUGCCUACCUUGCCCCCGGUCAUUUUGUGUUCUCCUUGCUAUGUGGCCUUUCCACACUUUAAGGUGAAGAAGGGGGAUCGGGACGAGCAGGUCCUUCACUACACGGUCCGAUUGAGCAGCGACCGUUAUUUGGUGGAAGAGUUCAUCGCCUAUGGAGUGUGGUCGUUAGCGCACGGGUGGGUGUUGGGCGAAAUUAGACCUCGCGGGAUGCCAAUGCUAGGGGAUAAAAUGGUGCAGAGCCUAGCCUUCAUUGUUGACUUGCGUGGGCGGGAUGCGGCCACCUUCGUGCGGGAGGUGGAGUCAGAGGCCAUUAAGAUUUUUGGAAAGUAUGUGCUGAAUACUGAGAUGAUAAAGAGUUGGGAUAUCCGCGGUUCCAAUGUGAGGAUGAACCAUGUUUUUGAGUUGAAUAGCUUGCCAUAUGGUCCCUACUAGGAGGGGGACUCUACUGACACCGGCAAUGACCGAGGAAAAUAGGUGAAGACCCAGCCUAAAGAGGGAACCUCGAAGGGGAAGGCUGUAGUUGCAGCUACCCAAAAAAGGAAAAUAGAUUUGCAAGGUACGAGGGAUGAUGAGAUGGGGCCGAGGGCCUCUAGGAUUUUUGUUGAGGAGUUAAUGAGGAUGUGCGAGGGUCACGGGGAGGUGAUGUCUUCGCCCGAGCUCCGGGAAACAUCUUCGCGCAUGGUGAAUGUUACCGGGGGUCGAUGGCACAGGAAUGACCCUAUACCCAGGUCGCCGACGGUGACUAUUUUACGUCCCGUUUAGCUCGUGAGCCGAGAAUCUUUCCUUAUGGGAGAAAUAUUGGUGCUGUUGUGUCAAUAGUGAUGGAGAAAGAUCGCCAAGAUGCAUAGUGGAAGAAGCGGAAGGACCCUCUUUGGCUAUUGGACCCACACCAAGAUGCUAAGGUAGCGGUCCAAUGCAAAGGGGCUGCCCCUCCCGCGACGAUGCCUCCCCCUGCGGUGCUGUCCGCCGCUGCAAAACUGCCUUUGCUGUCGCGCGUGAUGGAGACAACGGUGUAGGAGACCUAGUGGACGGGCUAGGAGUUGGUGGUGGACGACUACCUGGUGGGCGGAGUCACUAUGUUUGAUGCCCAAACUGGGCUGUCUCCUGUUGGGGCGGAGGCUGGGCAACUAGCGGUGGUACCGUCUAUGGUGCCCGCCGGCCUGGUGGUUGCAGCGAAGGGUGACAUAGAGACUUCGCUGGACCUAUGGUCGAAAUUUUGUGUCGCCUCUGAUGGCGAAGGCGAACUUGCCUCGGCUGCUGCCGCCGCUGGCGUAGUUGCGUCUGUCGUGCGGCAACUGCGAUAUGUGAGUAUUUUCUUCUCUGUUUUACUGAGCUUAGAAAAUUGCGAUGUCAGGUGACGA